UGCAAAUAAACAUGAUAGGGUCUUAGAGUCCUGAGCGGAAAGGGGUGUGACGACGGGUGUUGAGUUUCGCGUCCAACCACCUGGUAAGGCGACACUUUUAAGGAGCAGGUUCAGAGUGCCAGCGCAGAACGCAGAGAGAGGGCCAAAUCAGYAACACUUUACCCGAGCUGGACCGUUCCAAAACUUUUUUUUUUUUUUAGAAGUUCCUUUCAGCCCAGAUGGAGAGCAGGAUCAGACCGCUCGCCAUGGCCGCGCAGCCCUCCAACCCGCUCGGGACUUUGCCCAUGUCCCCUUCCCUGCUGCGCCACCCGCCCCUCUUCCUGCGGGCCUGCAACCCGGCGCUGGAGCGGGGCUACCCGCGCACCCCGAAGUGCGCCCGGUGCAGGAACCACGGCGUGGUGUCGGCGCUCAAGGGCCACAAGCGCUUCUGCCGCUGGAGGGACUGCGUGUGCGCCAAGUGCACGCUCAUCGCCGAGAGGCAGCGCGUGAUGGCGGCGCAGGUGGCGCUGAGGAGGCAGCAGGCCCAGGAGGAGAGCGAGGCGCGCGAGCUCCGGCUCCUGUACCCCGGCUCGGGGAGUCACGGGUCCGCUGCGGCCAACUCUCCAACAGCUCCGUGUUUUGACGUCUUCGGAACUCAGAGCUACAAAGAGGAUGACAAAGUGAGCAAAUUCAGCUUCUACAACGGAUUUGUGGGUCAGCCCCUCUUCGUGUCCCCCAGUGCCAGAGAGUCCUCUCCGAGCGACAAGAAGGACAUGUCUCCAAGCAAAACCAGCACGGCCUCUCUGCCCAGUGAGCGUGGGAGUCCAUCACUGCCCUGCGACCGGCUCUCAGAGCACACGCACAGCCCGCAAAGCCCGCACAGGUCACCCUCCUCCUCGGAUCUGGAGUCUGGGAGUGAGUCAGAGAAACCUAAGGACUGCCCGAGUCCGAGCCCGAACCCGGACCGGGAUCCCACCGACAUCAUGGCCAAGAUCUUCCCUCACCAGAGGCGGGACACCCUGGAGUCCAUGGUGAGGACCUGCAGAGGGGACAUCGUGAAGUCCAUCGAGCUGGUCCUGAGCUCCAAGGAGAAUCAAAUGGACCCUGGCAGCGCGUCUCCAUCGGGUCUCCUCCGGCCCUCUUUGGCUCUGCCCGGAGCGCUCGGAGCUCUGGGGGCCAGCAAGUCUGCCUUCUCCCCGCUCCACGGGCCCCCGGCCCCAGGUGGAGACAGCCUGUUCGGGAUCGGCCCCCGGCUGGGUGUGAGCCCCCUGCGGCUGGCUCCGGGGAGCGGCGGCUUCAUGCCCCCUUACAUGACGUCAGGACUGGUGCCUCUGCUGACCCUGCGCCCUCCGCUGGAGUCCUUCCCGGGAAUGAUCCGAGACUUUUCUUACAUUCAGAGCAAAGAAUCCCUCUGCAGCUCUGCUGGUCUUUACACACGACUUAACAGUGACAAGUGACACUUUGUAAAUCUUUUACAUGUUUCCUUUUUUAACUGCUUCAAACCAAGAACUGAUAAAAUCAGCUGCAACCAUAAUUAUAUUCAAUAAAAUCUUUGCCUUUGAGUAAAUUUGGUUUAUAAUUUGUAUAAUUGUUUGUUUUUAAAUAAAGUUUUUUUAGUUUCGUA